AUGAGGCCAUUGGCACGUCGUAGAUACUUUGCAACCGUGUUCACAAACCCAAUUGCCCUCUGCACAAAGCAAAAAUUGAUCUCCGCCGUACCCCACCUACACCGCCCCGCCGCCGUUCGCUCCAUCUCGAGUCAGUGGAGCUGAUGUUUUCUUGCACUGCCUCGCCCGACGACCUCCGCCGGUAGCAAUUUCAGCUUCAAUCUCCCCACGCAACGAUCCCAUAACACCUGCACUCGUCGCCCUCGCGGGCCUACCCAACCAUGGACGACGGUCCUCCACCUCCGCCGCCUCCGCAUGGCGCCAAUCCAAAGACCACAGGCGGCAGCCAUGCACCUCCCGACCCAGGUCCAAGCGGCGGUCUGCCACCGGGCAACUACGACAUCUUCAUCAUACCGCCGCACUCUUCAGGAGGCGGCUUCAUAUACCUUCCUAGCAUGGGUGUGCAGCAGAACAGCUUCAUUGCGGGUGUGCUCAGCACCAUCGCGAGCAUAGUGCUGUGGAAGGCCGCUGAGCCUUAUAUGAAGCAAUAUUUUCUUAUAGUCCGACAUGGAGUGACGACUGGCGGCAAUGGCGUCAUACUGCUGGCGGUCUUGAUGUUGGUCGCCGGAUGGGCAGUUGGUCAGACGCAAGCAGGGGGUCGCUUUAGCAGUGGCGGAGGCUACAAUGGUCGCGGUGGAGCGGGAGCGGGAGCUGGAGCUGGCACACACACACCAGGAGGAAGCUCAAGCUAUCAACGAGCGCCUCCACCACCACCUCCAAACGGCGGCUUCCCUGGCAGUCCUCCACCUCACGGCGGAUGGGGUGGAUACCGCCAGUACGGGGCUGGCUCGCCGCCGCCUCCACCGCAAGACGACGAAUCUUCCUUCGACGAAGAAGCUGAGCGGGCCGAAGAGGAGCAGAAACAAGCAGAGGAGAAGGAAAAGCGGCGGAAAGAGAAGGAGGAAAAGAAACGGAAAGAGGACGAGGAACGCAAGAAAGCUGAGGAAGCCAAGAAGAAGCAGGAAGAGGAAGAAGCCGAACGCAAGCGCGUUGAAGAGGCAGAGAAGAAGAAGAAACAGGAAGAGGAGCUUAGGAGGAAACAAGAAGAGGAUCUCAAGAAGAAGCUCAAGAAAGAGCUCAAGGAGGCUGAGGAGGCUAAGCGGAAAGAGGAAGAGGAAGAACGCAGGCGUGCUGAAGAAGCCAAGCGAAAGGCCGAAGAAGAAGCUCGACAGCAGCGCGAAGCUGAAGAGCAGAGGCUGGCCGAGGAAGAGAGAAAGAAGCGUGAAGCUGAGGCACAGAGACUGGCUGAAGAGGAGAAGAAACGGCAAGAGGAAGCUGAGCGCCAACGCAUCGCCGAAGAGGAACGCAAGGCCGAAGAAGAGCGCAAACUCGCCGAAGAGGCUCGGAUACGUGCUGAAGAGGAAAAGAAGAAGAAGGACGAAGAGGACCGCAGACGAGCCUGGGAAGAGCUUAAGCGCGCGGAAGAGGCCAGACAGAAGAAGGAGGCUGAAGAAAAGGCCAAAGCAGAGGCAGCCAAACUCGCCAAAGCCAAAGCCGAGAAGGAGAAGUGGGAGCAGAUGCGGAAGCGUGAGCGUGAGCAACGCGAACGUGAAGCCCGCGAGCGCCUCGCCAAAGAGAAAGCCCGCAAGGCACAAGAAGCCAUUGAGAAGGAAAAGGCCGAACGAGAGGCUCGCGAGGCCGAAGUACGCGCCGCAGUCGAGAAGGAGAUACGGGAGAAGCUCGAAGCCGAACAACGCGCCAAAGCCGCUGAGGAGGCUGCCAAAAAGGCUGAAGCAGAGAAGAUUGCAGCCGAAGAGGCAGCCGCCAAAGCGAAGGCAGAGGCAGAAGCUGCUCUUGCCAAAGCAAAGACAGAUGCUGAGCGUGCCGAACGCCUCAAAGCAGCUCGUGAGCGAGCUCAAAAGGAUCGCGAAGCCCGCGAGGCAAAACUCAAAGCAGAAGCCGAACGCAUCAAGGCCGAAGCUGCCGCCGCUGCAGCCACAGCAGCACUGCCGGACCUCACAGCCCGCCGCUCAACUACGUAUGGCAAUGUUGGUGGAGGUGAAAGACUGGAUCCAUAUGCUGGAGCAAGAAGCACACCACCGCCCGCCGCAUCCGUCACCUCAACCCACUCCUCCCCCAUCAAAGCCACCGUCACACCCAAGAAACCCUACGAACGCCCCACGGCCGCAUCGUAUCUCGGCUCUGAAUCCGACGCCGCAUCUUUCGCUCCGCCCCGAACUGCCACAGGACCUGCCCGUUCCACAGCCACACGCUCGCAUGUCUCUUCCGCGUACUCCGAGUCUUCGUACGCGCCUAGCCAGUCUACAACAAGGACGAGUCCGCCUGCGUCGAGAAGUGGACCGUAUGCAACAGCCGACCCGAACAAGAUUGUUAUCAAAGCGGUAUAUUUGUUCAAUGAUCUUUUUCCUAAGCCGGUUGCGCAGUUGGUGAGCAAUGUGGGCAAAGUAACAGACGGCUUGAUUCUCAAGAUACAGUCUGAGGGUUUGUUCAUCGAUGAUGAUGUUAGGGGGAUUCCGCAGCGCGAGUGGGAUGUCAAGGCUUGGACGCUGAAGAUGGUUGAGACGGGCAAACAACCCACCAAAAACCUGCACAUUCUCCGCGCUUCGGUCCGCGACGCUGACGGCAAGAAAUACGUUUUCUUGAUUGACGAAACCGAAAGUUGGAAGCUGGCGCUUGGAUUGCAGAGGCUGAGGAAGGGAAGUCAAGUACGCAGUUUGCAGUCUGCGCAGAUGGCGCCGAACGAGAUGGCGAGGGUGCUGAAUGCUGUGCCGCCUAUUGCUUUGUAAACUCGAAAGAGCGGCAGUGUGGAAAGGAUGGUAUGGUAGUAUGGCAUGGUAGUUGUAUGGGUGGUGGAUUUGGAUACCCACUUUCGUUCCGCGUAAAGCAUCAGCGGUGGAGUCGUCAUUAUUUGUUUACAAGCAUCGUUACAAGAUAAUUUCCUUCUUUCUUUCGUUGUAUAUGCAUCUUUGGAAUGGGGAAGAGCUGGAGAGAUGGAGUAGAAGUAUAUAUCACAACUACAUAUUGGCGCUGGAUAGACAGUAGUGGCGAAGGUGUCUCAGGUGUACACAGGAACUAUCAACGGUUACAUGUCACGUGUCGUGAUCUUGGAGU